UAUCACUGUAUGUUCCAUAAUUUUUUUAUAUAAACGUAUGCUUUGAUUUCAACUUCAAAAUUAUAGCAACUUUAUCUUGUUUACUGAUAUGAGCAUAUUUGUGUUUUAUAUUAUAUUAUCCGCUAUUACAUCUAAAGCAUAUGGCGAUGAAAGCAAGUUGUGGGGGAUUGAAGGAAAUCGAAUAAAACUCUCAGCACCCCCAUACGUGCUUAAAGUAACAAGUGUAGAGUCACUGAACUGGUUUUAUGGUUAUGGUACGAACGCUAACAAUACCAUCGUUACUCUGGUAAAUCCCAAUAAAGAUCCAUUUUGUAUUGACGUCACUGAGCAAAGCUACGGAGAUUUGAUUAUAGAACAUGUGAACAGAACAUAUUCAGGAUAUUACACCUGUCAGGUUGUUGGGAAAGAUGUAUUUACAUCAUGGGUAUCGACUUAUUAUUUAGUUGUAUAUUAUAUGGAUCCUCCUACUAUAUCAACAAAUUGGAGUACUGAAAACAGCCACGCUACUUUCUUCUGCGUUUGGUCUAGAACCAAUCCAGAUAAACCGAUUGUAAAAUGGUUCCUUGAUGGCCGUACAAAAAAAUAA